AUGCCGUCACCGCCUCUCAUAAAACUUAUCUACGGCGCGCUGCUGCUGCUCGCCAUCGACGCGGCCAUCUCGCUGAGCCUCGUGUCGUCCAUGGUCAGCUUCCUGCACCACCGCGGCGGCGCCUGGUUCGCCGUCGCCUACCCGCCCGGCUCGUCCUUCAACCUCGCCGGCCACCCGGCCAACCUGAUCGUCAACCAGGGCCACACGUCCAACGGCGCCUCGGGCACAGCACUGGUGCUGGUCGGCUUCGGCGGCGUGCUCGCGCUGUGGCUGGAGCACCGGUCGAGAACAAAACUCGGCAAGUCGUCGCCGGCCUUUUACAUCUGGGGCGUCACCACAGUCCUCAGCUGCCUGCUCACGCUGACGGCGCUCGUGUACACGUUCGUGGUGACGGCGCAGACGGCAGGGCAGGCCAUCGACCUGGCCGUGGCGUCGCGCAACUCGGCGCCCGCGCACUACCCCGACGACAGCUGGACGCCCGAGAACUGGUACGACGCCGUGCUUGGGCUGCCGCUCACCGACGACGCGGACCGCGACGCCAUCGCCCGCGCCCUGCGCCUCAUGCGCGGCUGGCGCUUCAACCUCAUUCCGCUGUUCGUCCUUGGGUUCGUCCUCGGCGCCCUCGUCGUGCUCGAGGUCCUGAGCGGCCGCAAGCCGCGCGGCAGGUACGGGAAGACUGCCUCGGGCGACGUCUACGCCGGGGGCGCGAAGCAGGAGGCCUGA